GAAAUGGCCACAAGACCAGCUCUCAGGCUUUCUUACUUACCCUUCUUUAGCUUCAUCGUCCUCCCCAUUGUCUUCCAAAGACUCUGCAUGGUGCCUUGCAUGGGCAUAUUAGACGUCGACUCGUUUGAGUGGCGCGAAGAGAAAGAAGAUGACGUUAAUGAGGUUCAAAGCCACCAGGGAUCAUCACCCAGAGACUGCAACUUGUCCGUAGGAGAGUGGGUUUUCGAUCCAUCGUACCCUCUGUAUGCACCAGGCUGCCCCUACCUCAGUACGCAAGUUAGCUGCAGGAGGAACGGGAGGCCAGACUCUGACUACGAGCGGUGGAGGUGGAAGCCAAAGCAAUGCUCAAUUCCAAGGUUCGAUGCGUUGGACUUUCUCGGAAGGAUCAGGAAAAAGAGGGUGAUGCUGGUGGGAGACUCCAUAAUCAGGAACCAGUGGGAGUCUCUUGUUUGCUUGGUGGAAGCAGUGAUCCCCAGCGAGUUGAAGACGGUCUCCUCCAAUGGCCCUUCCAUCGCUUUCCAUGCCAUGGGCUACGAGGCUUCAAUCGAGUUCUCCUGGGCUCCCCUUCUUGUCGAGCUGAAGGAAGAAGCAGAGAACAGGAGAGUGUUGCGCUUGGACUCCAUUGAAGAGAACGCCAAGUACUGGCUCGGAGUUGACGUGCUCGUGUUCGAUUCAGCUCACUGGUGGACUCACUCCGGCAAAUGGAGCUCGUGGGACUACUUCCAGGAAGGAGCGAGGCUGUUCACCAAUCUGAACCCCAUGGUCGCCUACGAGAAGGGGCUGACGACAUGGGCUAAAUGGGUGGACUUGAACUUAGAUCCCCGGCGAACUCGAGUCGUUUUCCGAAGCGUCUCACCUCGGCACAACAGGGAGAACGGCUGGCAAUGCUACAAGCAGAAGGAGCCGCUAGUCUUCCUGGGCUACUCGCCGCGCGUUCCGGGGCAAUUGGUGGUGCUGAGGGAGGUGCUGAAGAAGAUGAGCUUCCCGGUGUACCUUAUGGACGUGACCAGCAUGUCAGCUCUGCGUCGAGAUGGGCACCCCUCCAUCUACGCCGAGGAGGGGCGGGACAGAGAAGGCCCUGCCUCGGAUUGCAGCCACUGGUGCUUGCCUGGAGUGCCUGAUGCCUGGAACGAAAUGCUCUAUGCUCUUCUGUAGAUGCGUGCCCCGAGUGCUUCUGCAGAUUCUAGGAGAAGAGCUUCUGUAAAUUAAGGUCUGUCUCGAGCUUCGACCAUGAAGCAAUGGAGACAGUAGCGGUGUGCGGUGGGUGGUCACUACGUAGUGCUUUUCCUGUUGCUGCAUGCAAGCUAGUAUUAAAAUAAGAUAUUAAUAUGUUAAAUAAUUUAUUA